CAUAGCGGUAAAAAGCUAUCAAAUGGACGAAUUAUCGUCGGUGGCUGGAUAACGCGUGGAUAUCAGAAGGGGAAAAGAAUGGAUGAAUUAAAGUUUACUGGCUCUACGACUUCUAGCGGUAAACUCGACGAUGUUGAAAACCAAGCAUAUGAAUAUGAACCGUUUAUCAUGUGGACAGAUGACGAAAUUCAUUGGAAUUUAGGAGAAAAUCUGAAGAUUGAAGAAGCUGAGAAAAAUAUGCGGAUACAGGUGACAGAAAUAGGCAAUGGAAAAAGAAUAGUUGUGAUUAUAUCAUCUUUAGAUUCCGAAAAGGUCUUAUACAAAGGGCAAAGUAAUAAUUAUUGCACAACGUUCACAAACAUUACUAAAGAAGUUAACAUUAAAAUACCCAUAGUGAGUUUCGCAAUUAUUGAUGGAUCGUUAGUUUGUGCUUCAUCCAUGGAUAAUAUUAUGGAAACUUCAGUACCACAAGAGGAAGAAUCAUCCGAAGAUCCAGAAGUGUCAAUUAAAAAUGUACAGAAUAGGAGAAUGUUCGGCAAAGUAGGUGCCAUGUUCGCUAAUGCACUGUCAUUCUACUCAGGAGAGUCGUCGACUAGUGCAUCAACACAAAAAUACGAAAUGGUACACACAAAUGAAAUACCCUCAAUAAAUAAUGAUAAGUUAACGGAAAAUGCAAUGGAAGAAGUCUCACCAGAAACAAAUGCAUUAUUAGGCGAUAAAGAGGAAUCAACAGAAAUUACAAUAAAAGAAGAAUCAUCAAAAACAAAUAAACAGGAAGGCGAAGAACAAAUAACGCCAAUUAACGAAGAACGGGGAGAUUCAAAGGAAGAGUCUUCGGAAAAGGUAAAGAAACGGAGAUCACUUGUCACAUUUGCAAAGAAAGUCACCAAGUCCAAUAGACAGUCAUCUGGAAGUAAAUUAACAAAGGUGGCUGAAACAUCAGCAUCCAACGCCGAAGUAUCUUCAUCGCAGAUGCAAGAUAGGUCAACAUUGGAGGGAUUGUGGCAUCUGGAACAAGACAAAAACAAUGACAAGGUGAUCCGCCUGAGACCCGUAAAACACGACACAGGAUCAUCAUAUAGGCCUAGCGGCUUUGUUACUAUUUUGGAAAAUAGGAGUAAAGUUCAAUGUGAACAAAUUGUGCCAUUCACAUAUAAGGGAAAAUCUUGGUUUUUGAUGAUAUAUACGACACAUUAUAUAAACGACGAAGAAAGUAAACAGAAUCGUAGUUUAUGUACUAGAUAUCAUGUGUUCUCACUUGAAACGAUUAUGGGUUGUAAAUAGUAAUGACACCAAUAUAUGUAUGAAGUACGUGAAAAAAAACCCAUAAUAAAUAAAAAAAAUUAAUAUAAUAAUAAUAAUAAUAAUAAUAAUAAUAAUAAUAAUAAUAUUAUAAUAAUGUCCUUAUAUAGCGCUUUUUGCACAAAGCCUCUAAGGGCUUCACAUAAUUAUAAAAUGGUGUACGGUGGGAAGUGGGCGAUUAAGAUCAGCUCUUUCUUUUAUUUUUAACCUUUAUUAAAAAUGUCUGCUUCCUCAUGUUUUCUCCCUAAAUUUGUUGUCCUCUUGAUCAAGUACGUUGCCUUUUGCCUUUCUCUGCUUGCCUUACAGUAUAUGCGUCCUGUGAGCGCCAUGUUUUACAAACCUUCCUUUUCUGCUAAGUGUCCCAAAACAAUUUUAACUGUCUUCUACUAACCGUUGAAAGAAAGUAGUAUUACCAUUCAAAUGUUUAUUAAAAGUAGGCAGCACUGGGCCGUGUUCACAUCAAAACACAUUUAAUAAUCCAAGUUUGUUAAUAAUCUAAAAUAUUGUAUAUAUACUCCAAUAGUAAACUAUAAUGCUGAUGGUAUUGACCUUUCAAAGUAGUAUCCGCAUAAGCUUAUCCGUUCAUUUUUCUAUUGUAAUCCUAUAAAUUGACUGCUAAUUUACAUAUAUUGCAAUAUAUGGUAUUUAGUUGUACUGUAGCAUAUAAUAGUGAAAAAAAAUCUGUGAAAUACCGCAAACCCAGUAAUAAUACAAAACUGAUAUAUAUCAUUGCAAGCCGAUCGCCGAGGAACAUUGAGAAUAAAUGGCAAUUCGAAAUGGUUUUCUGACGA